AUGUCACUUUUGCGGACGGUACAACAUCUCCUGACCUACAAACGAGCUCCCUCGAAUAAAAGGCAGAAUUGUGUGGCCGGAGGCCCUUCAACUCAAACCGCCAACGUCAAAAUCCAAAACCAUACAAGGUCUUUACUGGAGCAGGCACCAAAAUCGCUCCCCAAAUCACCAAUCCACACCCUACCGAUUGAAGUUCUGAGUUUGAUUUUCUCUAUGUGCCUCCCGGAUUUGACAACCGAACCUUACGAACGACAUUCGUGGACCUCAAUCCCAUCUUUCAAUAUCUCAUGGGUGUGCAGUGAUUGGAGGACAAUGGCUCUUGGAACCCCUCUUUUAUGGACCGUCUUGGCGGACAUCGACCUCACAAGAUCGAGUUAUGCUUCUUUACGCUCAUACCUUCGAUUCAUAGGGGAACUACUUCACCGCUCAGGGAACAUGGACCUCACUAUAUUCAUCUAUGCCCCAGGAGUAUACGAAAGCGAGGCAAUCAAACAUCCUAUUAUCAAUUUUCUUCUUGAGAGCAGGGAGAGGUGGGGCACACUGAUGUUUCACAGCGGAAUACCUGUCAUCAAUUUGUUUUGCAACGACGGCCAUGAAUACAUAUUCCCUCGAUUGCGCAAACUCGGGCUCAACAUGUGCAUUCGACCGCCCCAUAUGAAGAUUCUUGGCUUUGCCAACGCACCAUUGUUGGAGGACGUAUCUGUCUCAGGCCUUUUCCCAGAUCAGUUGCUAUUGCCCUAUGAACAUUUAAAAUCAUACAGAGAAGGAGGCCUCUCCCAUUCUGUCGAUCCCGUUCCAGCGUUCCUAAAAAAUGUCCUCAUGCACGGCAAGAGGCUGGAGAGGCUGGAAAUACUAGGUAUAAACUAUUUCAUCCCAAUGAUUCCAAACCCACCACGUAACCUCAAGGUUCUACAUCUAAGAUUGGACAGCAUGCGUAGCCCUGACUUUCUGGGCGGUACUUUUUUAGAUGCCCUCAACCUUCCCUUUCUCGAAGAGCUGAAAUUUAGGGGGAUGUACAUCAAAGACAAUGCAAUUGUCGAAGAUCUUCUAUGUCGCUCUAUCAUGUCGAAUCAACAACUACCACUUCGUAUAUUACAUCUUCGAUCGGCUUUUCCUACUUCAACCGCCGGCAACCUCUGGAGAUUCUUACAGAUGACACCGUUUCUUCAGGAGCUCAGUAUAGACAUGCCACAUAUCAACGAUAUGAUCCAGCUCAUUCAGAACAUGGCUCCAUCAGGCUGUCUAUCCCGGUUACAAAGAAUGGCCAUCCAUCUAGAGCAAAAAAAUAUCAAGGACCGAUGGCGUAGUACUCUAGACGAUCUGACAGCAAAGUUUUGCGAACCUCUCUCAAGCGAAGCGACUGGCGAUCAGUGCCGCGAAUUGCAGCUGAUAUUUCCUAGCCGUUUUGAAGCGCGUUACGUCCAAGAUAUGUUAAAUUUGUGGAACACUGUACAAUGUUAG